AUGUGGAAGAAGGUUGGAAAGAAAAAAUGACAUACAGGCUAUACUGUAAAGGGAAAGAUCUUCCGGUUAAAUACCUGGGGAUCCCCAUUGGGGGGAGUCACAGAAGAAUAGCAAUGUGGAGACCACUUAUGGAAUUUGUGAAAAAGAAAUUAGCUCCAUGGAAAGGCCAUCAUCUAUCCUUUGGGGGACGCAUUACACUCAUUAAUUCCGUGUUGUCUAGCUUGCCCGUGUUUCUAAUGUCAUUCUACCUACUUCCUAAAGGUGUUAUUCAUUUCAUUGAUAAAAUUCGCAAAAGCUUUUUAUGGGGUGGGGAGGGAGAGGGUAGGAAAAUUAAUUGGGUCAAAUGGGAAAAGGUUUGUAAGAAUAAACAUUAUGGGGGAUUAGGAGUUAGAGGGUUGAGGAAGUUCAAUUUUGCCUUAAUGGGGAAAUGGUGGGGACGGCUAGCAAGAAAAGAACAGGGCUUGUGGGAUAAGGUUAUAGCUAGUAAGUAUGGCAGGAGUGGAGGCCAUUGGCUUGAUUGGGUAAGGGAGGGAAGGGGAAUAGGAUCACUAUGGUGGAGGGAUGUAUGCUGCCUAAACAAUGUGGAUGAGGAAAAUGAAGGGUGGUUAACAGAAGGGUUUAAGUUAAAACUAGGAGAAGGAAAGGGAGUGAGCUUUUGGUGGGACAAUUGGGGUGGGGAGGGAUGCCUUGCUAAUCUUUUUCCGAGAUUGUAUUCUUUGUCAACAGGAAAGGAGAAAGAAUGUUAUCAAAUGGGUAAAGAGGAAAAUGGAACAUGGAAGUGGGUAGCAAAGUGGCUAUGGAAGGCUUGUGGGAAAUGGUGGGGGAUUUCAGUUAAUUUGGAAAUUGAUUGCUGGAAAUCUUAUGAGCAGUUUGGGGUAUGGGCCAAGGAAGCACGUGUAAAGGAAGGCUGGGAUUGUAUCUGGAAUGUUGUGGUGUGGUCCGUAUGGCUCACAAGAAACCAGAAGAUAUUCCAAGAUUCUGACGUCAAUAUAAGAAGUAGAGUCUUGUCCAAUGCGUGGAUGGAUUAGUCGUAAUGUUAAGAAGGAAUUGUUAGAAUCCCAAAAUGUUUACUUUUAGGUUAUAUUGAGCAAAUAAUUGACUCUAGUUAGAAUUUAGGCAAAGUCAGUAGAUGCUCAAUACCUUACCUAAUUUUGUAUUAUGGGCAGAAGUACCCCUUGUACUCUAUCUAAUGAAUUAAUUUUGCUGUG